GGAACACACUUGGUGCCUUUAAUUCGUCUUAUUAUAAACAGUUCUAUGACUGCCUUAAGAGGAAGCUGGAAAUAAUACCCUGAUGAGCUGCAGUGUGCAGCGCAAGGAAUUUAACACUUUUUCCUGGCGCUGGCAGAGCGCAUGAUGUGAGAGGCAGAUGAGGGUCUGGUGAGAGGGUGAGGUCUAGGAUUUGGGGGUUCUUCUCCCUGUUUCGGCAAAGGACGUGGGUUCACGCAGAGAAAGAGCUGGACGUUUGUUUUGGGCACGGAGGUGGCAAGCACACAGGUCUUCCAGGAAGAGAGUUUGUUCCUGAUCCACCCGCCUGGCAGCUUUUGCCCCUCUUCCCGCAAGCAUGGAGCCACGGUCCUCAGUGUUGGUGCUGCUGUUACUGAGCCUGGCCAGGCCAACUCUGUCAGGUCCUGAACCAAUCACCGGGCCAAGAUGUACCUACACCUUCAUCUUGCCCCAGCAGAAGUUCACAGGAGCAGUGUGCUGGAGCAGUGUCCGUCCUCCUGCUGAAACUCCAGGCCCCAAUCGUAGCGAGGUGGAGGAACUCCAUGACCAGCUGAGCCGGCAGCAGGCACAAAUGGAUGAGCUACGGCGACUGGUGGAGGUGGAUGGGGCCAUGGUGAGCGAGGUCAAGGCGUUGCGCAAGGAAAGCCGCAAUGUCAAUGCCCGGGUCACCCAGCUCUAUACUCAGCUGCUUCACGAGAUUCUUCAGCGACGAGAACGGCCAGUGCAGACCUCUCAGCUUGAAGGGCGGGUAGCCAAUGCUUCUGCUGAGGCCGCACGGGUGGCUGCCAAUUAUCGUCAGCUGGAAGGGAAGUACAAUGCUUUGGCCGCCCUUGUCAACAAUCAGAGUGCCCUCAUCAGCCGCCUAGAGAGAGAGUGCCAGCAAGGAGCAGCUGGCAGGGAGGUGCGCCCACAGCCCCCUUUGGCACCAGUGGUACCUCACAGUCUUGCAAGCAUCUCAAAUGAAAGCAGAGCCCACUUUGACACUGUCAAUGACAUCCAGCGAGACCAGACAGCAUCUGCCCAGCACUGGUCUGACAAGGCUCCCUCCCCUCUGGAUGGCACUCCUCUCCUCCCUGCUGUGGGGCCCACCGAAUCUACAGGGCCUUGGUCUGACUGUCAAGCAGCUCAACAGGAUGGGCAACCCAGUGGCAUCAUCAUGCUGCAACCAGUUCAUGCCCGGGGUAUCAUCCAGGUCUGGUGUGACCAGGAGUACGACGGAGGUGGCUGGACAGUGAUCCAGCGGCGGCAGGAUGGAUCGGUCAAUUUCUUUACCACUUGGCAGCAUUACAAGAACGGUUUUGGGAACCUGGAAGGGGAGCACUGGCUGGGCCUGGAAUCCAUUCACUUGCUGACCCGCCAGGGUUCAUACAUGUUGCGUGUGUUGAUGGAAGAUUGGAGUGGGCGACAGGCCCAGGCUGAGUACAGUACCUUUGCUCUGGAGCCCGAGAAUGACUUCUAUCGGUUACGGCUGGGCAAAUAUCAAGGCAACGCUGGAGACUCUCUCUCUUGGCAUAAUAGCCGACAGUUCAGCACUCUUGACCACGACCACGAUGCUUACUCAGGGAACUGUGCCCAUUACCAGAAAGGUGGCUGGUGGUACAAUAUGUGUGCCCACUCCAAUCUCAAUGGCAUCUGGUACAAGGGCGGUCACUACCGAAGCCGCUAUCAGGAUGGAGUCUACUGGGCAGAGUUUCGUGGUGGUGCCUACUCCCUCCGCAAGGUGGUAAUGAUGAUCCGGUCAGCGCAAGGCAACUAAGUUCCAUUCUUAGCCACAGAAAAGAAGACCAGCCAAAUGAAAAAUCCAGAUGGAUGUACUUCAAAAGAGAAUUCACUGAACUCUGGAUACACACCAUGCUUUUUUAUUCUCUAGGACUGACCUCAGGGGGAAACAACUUUAACUGUCUGUGCAUUGCACUGAUUGGCUGGGGGCUUUGUCCUUCACAGACGCACCCGCCCACCCGCUUCUCAAGCCAUUUUGCAGCUUUCAUAGAAUGUGUUGCUUUUAUCUUUUGUCAAAAGAAGGUGCUACAGUAUCCCAAAUAGUACUUCAAACCAUUUUUAAAAUCCUUGAAAUCUGGCAAAAAAAGAAAAACACCUAGUAUACUGAGACACCAUGUGGCAGAAAGCAAUAUCGUAGGCUUUCCAGGAUCUUUAUUCUAAAAAUACUUUGGGCUUUUCCCUGCUACAGUUCUCCCCACCCAUCCUUGAGUCAACAGAAAAUGAUACUGACAUUUGCUGUCCCUGUUGUUGCCAGCCCUAGUCCCUGCAAGUGACCUCAGUCCCUCCAAGGUAACAAAACUUUUGUUUGACACACCCUGGGGCUGCCCUUGGAAAAUGUCAGGGUAAAGGAAAAAUAUUUUCGUCACCGGUACAUCAAAUGACAACUUAGAUCUGUCUUAUUCACAGGCUAGGGAUGAGAAGGCAGGGUAGGGGGAAAAAAAGAUGUUGUCAGGACACAUUUGUCCCAUGGGGACACAGCCUUUGGGAUGCAUCCUUACCCUUGCCCUGGCAUUGUGCCAGGGGAAAUUCACUUUCCAAGUGGAGCUCUCCGGUCUGGCUCCAACCGGGAGUCUUCCAAUGGGAGUGCUGCAAUCUCCAACCUGCCUGCAUGCCCUACACAGAUUUUGACAUUGAAGUCGUCUGACCAGAGCAAAAGACUUCUCCCUGCCCAGUUUUUACAGAUGGACACUGAGAGCAAAAUUGGCCUUCACGCAGCAAUUGAGGUUACUUGGGUCACUCUCUUACUUGUGUAAGGGUACCUACAUUGUCACCCCAGGAUUUAUUUUGAAAGGGUGCUUUUGUUAAACCUGCUAGGUCUCUUUUAACAGCUGAUGUGGCUCAUAUGCUAUUUCCCCUACUUGUCUAGAUACAAAUUCUGUUCCAGAGAAAAUAAAAUCCUGAAUAUAAAAUCCUGCAAAUACAAAUCCUGCAAAUGAAGACAGCUGAAUUUAUUAUGGAUAACACUGCCUUUCUCACUUGUUUCUCCCCCCCCCCAACCAAAAGUCUGCACCAAAGAAACCCACCUUCUGCCCUCAGAAUAAAGCACACGCAUCUUCAGAACUGCUGGAUUUAAUUCUGAAUUCUAGUGAAGUUCUUCCUGAUGUGAAAGUCCUUCAACAGGGAUUACAAACCCAGUCUUCAGCAUCUCUUUAACCCCUCUUAGGUCUUCAUUCCAUUAAGAGGUUCAAUGGCUUAACAACUGUACAAAGAAAGAGAGGGACAGUUCCUUCCAAUCGGGUGGGGCAAUCACACAGCUGUAGCAGAGCUGCAAAGAGAGGGAACUCUCAGGCAGAUCUGUGUAUCACCCUGCUAUGAACUCACCUCUGUAAGCCAUCAUCUCAGCUCUUCCCUAGUAAGAAUGAGAAUAAGGUGAAUGUGUAAAGCUAUAUUGUGCAUGUAGUUGAGUCCAGACCAUUAUGUAUUCUUUCCAUUUGUACCUUGGAAUGACUGGAUCUAGGAAAGUGUUUUAUACUAGGUCAGACUAUUUGGUCAUCUAGCAUAUAGUGUCUAUUCUGAGGGAGACGGGCUCCCUAGAGUCUCCUGCAGAGGUCCUAUACAUUCCCUGGUGCUGCCAGGUGGAAAUGCCUGAAAGUGAAUCUGGGACAUUUGCCUCUU